AUCUAAUGCGUGUAAUCGAUGAAGUCAUAUAUAAGCGUUAUAAAGCGUCAUACAAUUCAAUAAUAAUAAAGUUAAAACAAAAUGUGAUUUUUUUGAAUUUUUUUUUUUAAAAACUGAUAUGAAAAUGAUGAAAUACGAAAAGUUGGAAAAGAUUGGUGAAGGAACUUAUGGCACAGUAUUUAAAGCAAAGCACAAAGACACAAUGGAAGUUGUGGCAUUAAAAAGAGUUCGUUUGGAUGAAGAUGAUGAAGGAAUUCCAAGUUCUGCUCUAAGAGAGAUUUGUCUCCUCAAAGAACUGAAGCAUAAAAACAUAGUGAGGCUUUAUGAUGUUAUCCAUAAUGACAAAAAGUUAACUAUUGUUUUUGAAUAUUGUGACCAGGACUUAAAGAAAUAUUUUGAUAGUUGUCAAGGCGAAAUUGAACCGGAUGUUGUUAAGUCAUUCAUGUAUCAGCUGUUAAAAGGUUUAUCAUUUUGUCAUGAAAAGCACAUUUUACACAGAGAUCUUAAACCACAAAAUCUACUUAUCAAUAAAAAUGGAGAACUAAAGCUAGCUGACUUUGGUUUAGCACGAGCAUUUGGAAUUCCUGUGAGAUGUUUCUCAGCUGAAGUAGUUACAUUAUGGUAUCGUCCACCUGAUGUCCUUAUGGGUGCCAAACUUUAUACAACUUCAAUUGAUAUUUGGUCAGCAGGCUGUAUAUUUGCAGAAAUUGCAAAUGCAGGUCGUCCAUUAUUUCCAGGAAGUGAUACUGAUGAUCAACUAAAAAGAAUAUUUAGGUUAUUAGGCUCACCCUGUGAAGACACGUGGCCUGGAGUUUCUAAGUUGCCUCUAUAUAAGGAAUACAACAUCACAUCAUCUGUAUCUUUAAAUGUAGUUGUUGCAAAAAUGAGUUCAGUUGCAAGAGAUUUACUUCAGAGUCACUUAGUUCUUAAUCCUGCGUACCGAACAACUGCAGAUGAAGCAUUGCAACAUCCUUACUUUGCUGAUAUAAACAUUACGAAAUAAAAGUAAUCUUUCAAUAAAUUAAAGAAGAUUACUGCUUAUCUCUCUAAAGCCUUGUUUUUACUUAGAAAUUGUUGUUGCUUGGAAGCAACUUCGAUAUUUCUUAUUUGUGCAAUUUUGGCUUUAUCUUAUUAUCUUGGCUAAAGACGUCAUCAUAAAGCAAGAUUUUUUGUGUUAUUAUACGUUAUUUUUAACAAUAUAAUAGAGAAUUAUAUAUAUAAUUUCAAAAUAUAUUUAUGGUAAAAUUUAAAAAACGACCUAUUAUCAAACUAAAAUACUGAAAAAUAUAUAGACUGCACUAGAGAAAAACGGCGAAGAAAACAAAAUAACAAGAAAACUUUGAUUUAUUAUUAGAUUAAUUUAAAGUAAAAUGUUUA